CCACCUCGCUCUCCUUUACGGGAAGUGAUGUGGGGCCAGACGGAAAAUACCCGCCAAGGACCCAAAAAAGGCCAGCAGCGGUGGACGCCGAGGGCAGGGGCACAACUGCGGUGGGGCCAGGACCUCCAGGCCGAGGCAGGUGAAUCACUGAGUGCUUCAUUAUGUCUGAUGGAGAUUAUGAUUACCUCAUCAAGUUUUUAGCUUUGGGAGACUCUGGAGUAGGGAAGACCAGUGUACUUUACCAGUACACAGAUGGUAAAUUUAAUUCCAAAUUUAUCACGACAGUGGGCAUCGAUUUUAGGGAAAAGAGAGUGGUGUACAGAGCCAAUGGGCCAGAUGGAGCCAUUGGCAGAGGCCAGAGAAUUCACCUGCAGUUAUGGGACACAGCUGGGCAGGAGAGGUUUCGUAGUUUGACAACAGCAUUCUUCAGAGAUGCUAUGGGUUUUCUUCUACUUUUUGAUCUGACGAAUGAGCAAAGUUUCCUCAAUGUCCGAAACUGGAUAAGCCAGCUACAAAUGCAUGCAUAUUGUGAAAACCCAGACAUAGUGUUAUGUGGAAAUAAGAGUGAUUUGGAAGACCAGAGAGUAGUAAAAGAAGAGGAAGCCAGAGGACUUGCUGACCAAUAUGGCAUACCCUACUUUGAAACUAGUGCUGCCAAUGGGACAAACAUAAGUCAGGCGAUUGAGAUGCUCCUGGACCUGAUAAUGAAGCGAAUGGAACGGUGCGUGGACAAGUCCUGGAUUCCUGAAGGAGUGGUGCGAUCCAAUGGCCACACCACUACAGAUCCAUUAAAUGAAGAAAAGAAGGGGACAUGUGGUUGUUGAAAACUCAAGUGUGCGGCACCAUAUUUCAGAUGGCCCGUGUCUGUGACCUUCCCUAUGGCUGACACAAGGCACAGUGAGAUUAAUAGGUUUGUGUACAAACUGCUUUUCCUCAUCUCCCUUAGACCUACUAACUAAGCAUCCAGUCUUUAAUUUGUUGCAGCUUUGUAAACAUUUAAGAUUCAGCCUGAGAUUUAGGAAAAAUAUUUCACAGAGCCAAAAGUGCCUUUUACAACCUUAGCCCAUGAGAGUAAAUCAUUCAAGAACUGGUAACCACAGAAGAGUGUAUUACACGGAAAAUACCACCUGCCUUAAUGCAAAUAGACCUAGAGUCUCACAUUAAGAUCUUAGGUAUAGUUAUGAAAUAAUCACAGUUUUGAAUCCAAAUUUACAAACUCCUACCAUAGGUAACCUUCUAAAAUCGCCAUUUUAACCACUUGAAUGUUAAAUAAGAAUAUAAAUACACAUCAGAUUAGUGUCUUUGAGCAUUAAUUUGAUUAAGCAUUCCCUUUAACAUGAAUAGAGGGCAAAUCAUGGCAGAAUCUAUAGAUCCUGGAUAAACUGGAUUGAUGAUAAACUGAUCGUGACUGUAGACUCAUUAUGAUUUUUGUUGGUUGGAAAAGGGUUGGGGUUCGAGGCAGAGGUGGCUUAAUUAGUAUGAGCAAGUAAAGCUACAUUCCCAUUGCUCUAAGGACCAAUAGAAGGAUCAGGAACUAGAUUUCACAGCUUCAGUGCAUUUAUAGUUGGCCUGUAUCCUGGGCACAUCUGAACACGGCUGGUGUUUAUUCUGUAUAUGUGAUAAGUAAAUAUUUAGCUUGUUUUUCUUCAUAUUUAUAAUGUUGGUCUGGCAUCCUCUGACUGCAGUUUCAAUUAGCUUAUAGACUACUAAUCUUCUAUCUUCACCAUUAGGCUCUGUAUGGUUGAUAUUUGCAACUUGUUUUAUUUUUUCAUUGGUGCAAUUGAAGAAAUUUGUUUUUAAUUGUGUAGAAUGUCUGUUUGCUAUUUGUCAGAAGAUAAAUGGAUUUGUAUUCUAGUUCAAUCUAAGAGAAACUGAAGUGUUCUAUAGCUUGUAUUUUUCACUGGGAUCAUGGGUGUUUACUGUACUUGCUCGGUCUUGCCAAGAUCAUGUAUUCUGCUGUCUUGCCAAAGUGUCUUCAUACCAAAUUAAAGGUGGUUUUAAAAUAUA